AUGCCUUCCUUUUUAGACCCGGUCCAUUUCAAUCAGGCUAUGAGCAACCAGGCCAUGCCUGUUCUCCAGGCAAUCGCUUCAAACGAACACUUGCGACACCUGCGUCGCUUUGAGCGCGAUGACCCCCCGCCCUAUGUCUCGUCGACCGAGUCAUCGGAUCACGAGGCAGAUUUCAUGGUACCGCCACGGUGUCGACAGAUUCCAGAGGAGCUACAGGCCGUAAUGGAGCGUCCCAUUGACGACUACGAGGCUAAACUAAUUGCUAGCUCUCUGAGACAGCACCUACGUCCUUAUGAUUUUUAUUAUGCGGAAGCCAAAUUUGAGGAGAGCCGGUUUGAAGAAAAUAUUCCCAAGGGCCCGUUGCCCCCAGAGUUCAGAACACUGAAUUUCAGUCGGCGCAAGGGUGUCGUUGUUCGUCACAACGUCAAACGUCGCUGGGAGAAGCUCGGCGUCUGGAAUCCAGACUGGGGGUUUGCCGGGCGUCAAAUGCAGCCUCGCGACAAGUACCAAGACUGGAAGUGGUGGUGGGAGCCCGCGAUGGCAGUCAACGACCUUGGCUCCGGGAACGAUUAUGAAUACGAGCUCGCUGCACGCGCUGUGCGCCUGCGCCAAAACCUGGCGCGUGGUGAGUAUGCCCCCGUGGUUCCCCGUUCUCACCCUGGACAUCACACUACUGCCGCCGAAGCAGAGGCUUUCCUAAUCUCUCGGCCCUGGUUCAUCUUUCAGCUCGAGAUGGCCGAGGAAGCUCACAGGUACAUGCGCCUCUCCAAUGAGGGCCAUGGCCGCUACUCCUACUCGGUCCAGGACCAAGUCAUCAAGUGGUGGAAAGAACGCGGGGACUGGCGAGACGAGUUCAACAAGAGCAACUGCGUCACGGCCUGGAAGUGGCGGCACGAGUCUCCCUCCCCAGAGCCCGAAGAUCUGGCACCCCUCAAUCCGAUGAAGGAAAACCCGCUGGACGUGGCGGCGGAGAUGGAGUUUACUCCUUCUGAGAUUGAUGAGCUAGAGACUAUAAACCUCCCAAGAUCGGAUCAGCCCCAAGGUUUCUGGGUGGCUAAAAUGCAUGACUACACAAGGUAUAACUUCCCUGGGAUGAUGGCCGACGUUCAAGCAGAAGCUGCGCAAGUCGAAAAAGAAAGACAGGCGUACCGUGCGAGGAUGAGGGCCGAGGGGCAGGAACCCCGGCUUCACCCCGCCGCUGAAUUCUUUCUCAAGAAACACGGGGCUUUGCACAUGCUCGGCCGGCCGCCGCCAGCUGAGAACGAAGAGGUGUCCGAGCUACAGGAACACGCUGCUUCCCCUCCAUCCCGAACGCGAGGCCUACGCCCCCGCCAACCGCGGGACCAGGUACACGAAUCUCAAGAGCAGGGCGAAUCUCUUCCACCGCUACCACGCCGUAGUGCCAGGAUCGCGGCUAAGAAACGACCCGCAGAGUCCUCACCGAUACAAACGGUGCCGAACAAGAGAUCCAAGGUCGCAGUGGCACCAAAACCGGCAACACCAGUCACCCAGUCCUCGUCAAGGGAGACUCGCAACUCCAAGGCAAGACCCGGCCCUGGACGGCCCCCAGUAAAGGGGAAGACGGAGACUGGAGUGAAGCGAGGGCCGGGUCGUCCGAGAAAGAAGAAGGGGUCAAACAUACGCUCCGCCGUGCAGACGAAACCCCAGAGGACAACCGCCCCUGCUAGGCCCAAGAAAAGCAGGGAUACAGAAACAGACACCUCAAAUGUAGCCAGGAAACGCGGGCGGCCAAGGAAGAAUAGAUGA